CGCGCCGGCCGAGCGCGCGCAGAAAGCAGCUACGCAGGAGAGAGGGGCAGAAGCCGAAUGGUGGAGCUGAAGAUGGCGGAUGGAGACAGCGGGAGUGAGCGCGGUGGUAGUAGCGGUGGUGGAGGUGGAGGUGGCGGCGGCUUCCAACACUUCCAGCGGGACCAGGAGACCCAGGAGCUGGCGUCCAAGCGCCUCGACAUCCAGAACAAGCGCUUCUAUCUGGACGUCAAGCAGAACAGCAAGGGCAGGUUCAUCAAGAUCGCCGAAGUGGGGGCCGGGGGCUCCAAAAGUCGCCUGACCCUGUCCCUGUCGGUGGCGGCGGAGUUCCGGGACUACCUCGGGGAUUUCAUCGAGCACUACGCCCAGCUGGGGCCUAGCAGUCCGGAGCAGAUCGCGCAGGCCACCGCGGGUGAGGACGGCGGGCCUAGGCGAGCUCUGAAGAGCGAGUUUCUGGUCCGGGAGAACCGCAAAUACUACCUGGACUUGAAGGAGAACCAGCGGGGGAGGUUCCUGCGGAUCCGGCAGACCGUGAACCGCGGACCGGGUUUUGGAGUCGGGGGCCCCGCGGGCGGCAUGCUGUCCGGCCAGACCAUAGCCCUUCCGGCCCAGGGACUCAUAGAGUUCCGAGACGCCCUCGCCAAGCUCAUAGACGACUACGGGGGCGACGACGAGGAGCUGGCCGGGGGCACGGCGGCCGCAGGGGGGUACAGCGAGCUCCCCGAGGGCACCUCCAUCAUGGUGGACUCCAAGCGCUUCUUUUUCGACGUGGGCUCCAACAAAUACGGCGUGUUCCUGCGCGUGAGCGAGGUGAAGCCCAGCUACAGGAACUCUAUCACCAUCCCGUUCAAAGCCUGGAGCAAGUUCGGCGGAGCCUUCAGCCGGUACGCCGAGGAGAUGAAGGAGAUCCAGGAGAGGCAGAGGGACAAGGUCUACGAGAGGAGAGACGAGUCCGAGGGGGACGACGUGGACGACGACUGAUGAAAUAAAAAAAAAAAAAAAAAAGAUGAAACAGCUGUUGGGUCCGGUCACGCGACACAUCUGCGAGUAUAGGGGGUAUUUUGCAUUAAAAGAGGAGAAAAGAGGCAGAACGUGCAUGACAAAUCGUGCUGUAAUAGCUAAACUAAAGUUUCGUGGCGUUAAAACAAAAAUUAAAAAAAAAAAAAAAAAGAGUACACGUGCAGGGAAUUAUUGGUGUAUUAUCCUAAAAGUUUGUAGGUUUUGAAGGUCGGAGGGAUUGUGUGAAUCUCUGAAAGUGGAGAGGACUAAAUGUGGGAAAUGAGAUAUCUCAUUGGGGGGGGGGGAAGAUUGAUUUAUUGUAAAAAUAAAAAAGUAAAAUAAAAAUAAAAUAGGAAAGAGAGAACUUACUAAAACCAGCAAAUUGGUUUUUUUUAUAACA